AUCAGAAAAGCCUAAGAGGUUACUUUUGGUUUGGGGAACACGCAAAACUUCUUCCAUAUAAUUUAAGGGUCAUUCCUUCUUCACUUGACAUCAUUUUGGCUUCUAAAAGAUCUCGUAGGAAAUUUCUUCUUUCAGGUAGCUGGGGAAACCUGUCCUGUCAUCUAGGAAAAUUUUGAGACUGAGUGGAAGGAUUGUAGAACUUUUCUGGCUUGGGAUGCAGUUUAUAUUUAUUUAUUUGUAACAGUUUGGUAUAUUUUGUCUAAUGUUAUGUCUAAAGAUUCCAAACAAGGAGCUCCCUACUUUACUGAUGCCUCUAGUCUUUCCUCUUUCUGUAAAUCUUCCUAUUCAGCCAUAUUGGUCUUUUCCCUAACCAGAUAAUUAGACAGCAGGUUUAUUGUUUAUGAAAAUUUAAUAAUGUUAUGGCUGUUUUCCUUGUCAAUCUUACCCUUGUGUUAACAGAAUUCCAAAAGAGCAACUGAAGCACUCUAAUUAGGAUAAUUCAAGGAGGAUGUAUUUACAGAGAUACUCUUAAUAAAGAUGUAGGACUUCAUAAAGAUGUAGGCAAACUAAAGGGAUAAUGCAGUUAUCUGAUGCUAGCAGUGUCAGGAGAAGGAAGAGUUACCAGAAGCAGGAAAGUCUUGCAGAGCCCCCUGCCUGGAGAGAAUGGCCUUCCAUUGAACAUGGCCAAUCCAAGGUGACCUAGAGGGAGGGAACCAAGGACAUGAAUACCCUGGUCUCACUCUGCUGCGUCCCUCUGAUCUCCUGUCAUGGCUCCCCACGGGCAACCAGGAACCAGAGGGCAUAGGAGUCUAAUGAUGUAAUACCUCCUGAGGCAGAGAACAGAGUGGAGAAAAGGAGACACUGAGCCCAGAGGGACAGAUGGUUGACAUCUGGCACAGCCAUCUUUUAGAAUACAGUGUACCUCCCACCUCUUCAUAAAGCUUUUCCUUACCUUCCUAGACCAAAACUAGCUUUUCAGUUUUUAUUAGGGUUUGGUCAUUAGCUGUUGCCUUCUGACUAUUUUAUCAUGUGUACUGUUUCAUUAUUUAAAAGCUGUUAAUUUUCUUUUAACUUCUAAAUAUGUUUGUCCUAUCCAGUCAACUCAGUUUUAAACCAUGAGUACUGUGAUUUUUUUUCCAUAAUCAUGUUUUGUUUAAUGCCUUGCAUAUAACAGCUUUUACUACAGCUUUUUAUUAUGAAAAGUUUUAAACAUGUACGCAGUAGAAAGAACAGUAUGAGGAAUUCCUGGGUACUCAUCACUCAACUUUAGUUACAAAAUUUGCCAUUCCUACUUCAUCCCACCCUCCACCCACCCCUUUAACCAUAGUCAUUUUUUUAAGUUUCAUUUACAUUGAUCUGUUGAAGGUUAUGGAUAGUAUGACGUGUUCAUAAUCCAUGUUGUCAUCAUCACUGAGCCACUGGGAUUGUAUUUGUACUCCUUUUCAUCUCUUUUUUUUCCCCCCCCCCAAAUUUUACUUCACUUGACAUGGAAUCCCAUAUAUAUGUGCACAUUGGUGGCCCAAAGUGAAAUUUUUGUGAAAAUUUAAAGGAUUGGCUUUAAGGUCAGCUUAACUCCCUCUUUGUGUAUACUUUAUCAUGAACUGUUUAUCUAACCUUUUCUAACAGAGACUUUUGUUUAAUGAGACGAGACUUGUACGAUUCUGCCAUGCAGACUCAAACUGGUUUUUCAGGUGUUUCGUGAUGUAUUUUAUGUUGUCAUAUCUGUUUUAUAGCUGCCAUUUCUGUACUUAUCCCCAAAUGUAUGCAGCCUCUAAAAUGAGGUACUUACAUAAAUGUUCAGGGAAAAUUGGAGCAUCUGCUGCAAAUUUCCAUUAGCUCUUAAUGCCUGAGCAGACACCGCUUUUAAAAUCGGAAUGUUUUGUCAGUUUCUUUUGUAUUAGUCUUUUUCUUCAGAUAAAAUGAACUCCUCCUCCUCUUCAUUUUACUUUCUUUUUAAGGUUACACACUGAAAUAUCCACAGGGAGCAAUUUGCACUGCUCUCUUUCCUAUUCUGUCAUUAAGUAGAAGAGGGAUAACAUGAAUCACCUUUGUAACCCUGUGGGUAUGCAAAGUCUGUUGAGCCAGUAGUCACUUGUCAACUUGCAGACUAUCAAUCAGCCUACAUGGAUGUCACAUUUCAUUGAGAAGGACACCUUAGGUCUACAGUAGACCACCAGAUCUUGUGCAAGAAACUAAAUGUCCAAGGAUUCCUGUUACUAACAAUUACUUAACUAAUUUGCAUUUAAUAAUUGAACCGAAAGAAAAAAAAAGCCUUGAGUGACCUUAAAGGGAAAUCAGUAGUCACAGAAAGAGCCACAGUGCCCUUUGGCCUAAAAAUGUGAAAUUGUCAGGCAGUAAGGUAACUGACAAAGUCACAAAGAAUUUUCCCCAGAGAAAUUUUUCCCAUACUGAUCCCGUCAUUAGUGACUUAAGAUUUUAUAGGGAUUUUAAAAUAUUACUCUUCCUACUUGAGAAAGAUGGAAAGGGACUCCAUAGUCUUUUGAGAGGUAAUGCCCUCGGGUUGUUUAAGGGAGAGAGUAGCUAAAGGGCCAGCCAUCUGAGCUGGGGUAGCAGUCACUCUUGUAAUGGCUAUGGAAUGCGUUCCUUGCCACGAAUGCAGUUGGACAUGGAGAAGAAAAGAAAACUGAUCACAUUGGACAAACUAUCAGGGAAGGAGGGAAGAAGUAGUACUAAAGAAACCGAGUGUAAAAUGUUUGCAUUUUUGCCUGAUGUGGACCUAGAUAUAGAAAGUUUGUGUGCCAGAAAGAGCAGAAAAAUCAGAGGAAAAGCCAUCACUGUUGCCAAGAGUAGAUAUGGGAGGACUGGCACUGCAGCUGGUCAGAGCACUGGUAGGGUCUAGCAGGAGUUAGGUCUGAUCUUGGCAGGGCUGAAGGGCCCUUCCGUGUUGAUUCAGCCACCUGGGGGGAGAGAAGCCAUUAUUCACCUCCUAAAAUAAGAAUUCAGAGCCUGUAACUGGAGUUUAAGAAUAGUAUGGUCUUUGGUCUAUAGCUGGUGCCACUAAAAAUUUUGCUGGCAUUUAUUGAAUGUUGUGAGUAAGACUCCAGAAUGCACCUAAAAUGUGGAAAAACAAAACUUGUUGCUGGAAAAAAGCCUAAACUGAAAAAUGUGAUCCAAGUCAACAAAUUAAUCUCACUUUGAGCCAAAGGAAAUGUUUGAAAUGAAAGUACUGCCAGGAAAUAGAGGAUUCAAGAUCUAGGCGGAAAGAUAUUAUAUGGAAGAAAGCAGCAGUGUUGCCAUGUUGGUGCCAGAUAUUGGAGAACAAGAGGCUCUGUUGACUGCUGAAACUGUCAUCAGUUCAUCAUUGGAAAUUGAUGAACAAAGAAAAGUUAAAACAGAUCCAUUAAUCCAUGUUAUCCAGAAGUUAAGCAAGAUAGUAGAACAUGAAAAGUCACAAAAAUGUCUCUUAAUUGGGAAGAAACGCUCACGUUCCAGUACUGCAGCACACUCUCUUGAAGCCCAAGAACUUUGCGAGAUUCCAGCUAAAGUAACCCAGUCACCUGCUGCCGAGAUUAGAAAGACUGAGAUGUCACAGAUACACUUCACCCCUGGCUCUCUUGCCCAGAAUGAUGGGAAGGCUAUGUCUUACCAGUGUAGCCUUUGCAAGUUUCUGUCGUCAUCGUUUUCUGUGUUAAAAGAUCAUAUCAAGGAGCAUGGUCACCAGAAUGAAGUGAUUCUGAUGUGCUCGGAGUGCCACAUCACAUCUAAAAGCCAAGAGGAACUUGAAGCUCACGUGGUAAAUGACCAUGAAAAUGAUGCCAACAGUCGCACUCAACCCAAAGCCCUACAGUGUAUAAGCCCCUCCAACUCUUUGUCUCAGAGACCCGCAGAAAGAAAGAAUGAAACCACUUCUGAUACCGCCAUGAGUGUGGACAGUCCGCAAGCUCACCCCGCCCAAAAUGUACCCGUGACAGAGAUGGGUAAGAGGAAGUGGUACGCAUAUGAACAGUACGGCAUGUACCGCUGCUUGUUCUGUAGUUACACCUGUGGCCAGCAGAGAAUGUUGAAAACACAUGCUUGGAAGCAUGCCGGGGAGGUCGAUUGCUCCUAUCCAAUCUUCGAAAAUGAAAACGAGCCCCUAGGCUUGCUGGACUCCUCAGUGGCUGCUGAGCCUGGUGGGCUGGACGCAGUAGUCAUUGCUAUUGGAGACAAUGAACUGAGUAUCCACAACGGGCCUUCAGUACAAGUACAGAUUUGCAGCUCAGAAACAUUAUCCUCUUCAUCUCCUUUGGAACAGAGUGUGGAAGGGGGAGUUCAUCUAGGUCAGUCGGUUACUCUUGACCCUAACGAGGAAGAAAUGCUAGAGGUGAUUUCUGAUGUGGAGGAGAAUCUGAUUGCCGACAGUCUGCUUUCAUCUGCACAGAAAAUCAUUAGUAGCAGCCCAAACAAAAAAGGCCAUGUUAACGUGAUAGUGGAGCGUCUCCCGAGUGCGGAAGAAACUCUUCCACAGAAGCAUUUCCUCAUGAAUGCUGAAAUCGAAGAGGGCAAAAACCUGAACCCAACAGAAUCCCAGAUCGGGUGUGAAGGAAGAGAUGAAGUUUAUCGAGCUGAUAAAUGUACUGUUGAUAUUGGGGGGCUGAUCAUAGGCUGGAGCAGUCCAGAGAAGAAAGACAGUGAGUUAAUAAACAAAGGACUGGCUGCUGAUGAGAACGCCCCACCAGGCCGAAGGAGAACAAAUUCUGAGUCUCUCAGACUACACUCGUUAGCCGCAGAAGCCCUCGUCACAAUGCCCAUACGAGCUGCAGAGCUGACGAGAGCCAACCUCGGGCACUACGGGAACAUAAACCUUCUAGAUCCAGACACCGGACAAAGGCAAGUAGAUAGCACAUUGGCGGCCUACUCUAAAAUGAUGUCACCACUCAAAAACUCCGCAGAUGGAUUAGCAACUUUUAACCAAAGCAACUCGACAUUGGUAGCACUCCCGGAGGGUAGGCAGGAAUUGUCUGAUGGGCAAGUUAAGACAGGCAUCAGCAUGUCCUUACUGACUGUCAUUGAAAAGCUGAGGGAAAGGACAGACCAAAAUGCUUCAGAUGACGACAUUUUGAAGGAGUUGCAGGACAACGCCCAGUGCCAACCAAACAGCGAGGCGAGCCUGUCGGGAAGCAGCGUGGUGGAGUACAUCCCCAAUGCUGAUCGGCCCUACCGCUGCCGCCUGUGUCACUACGCCAGCGGGAACAAGGGCUACAUCAAGCAGCACUUGCGAGUCCAUCGGCAGAGACAGCCGUAUCAGUGUCCUAUCUGUGAGCACAUAGCUGACAACAGCAAAGAUCUGGAAAACCACAUGAUCAACCACUGUAAAACAAGAAUAUACCAGUGCAAGCAGUGCGAAGAGUCUUUUCAUUAUAAGAGUCAGCUGAGGAACCAUGAGAGAGAGCAACACAGUCUUCCAGAUACCUUGUCAGUAGCAACUUCUAAUGAGUCAAGGAUUGCCGGUGACACAGCUGAUGGAAAAUGUAUUCAGGAAGGGACUAAGUCUUCAGUCCAGAAACAGUAUAGAUGUGAUGUGUGCGAUUAUACAAGUACAACAUACGUUGGAGUCAGAAACCACAGACGAAUCCAUAACUCUGACAAGCCAUACAGAUGCUCUCUGUGUGGGUACGUGUGCAGCCAUCCUCCGUCUUUGAAGUCUCACAUGUGGAAGCAUGCAAGUGACCAAAAUUACAACUACGAACAAGUGAACAAGGCCAUCAAUGACGCCAUUUCACAGAGCGGCAGAGUUCUGGGGAGAUCCCCUACAAAGACGCUCUUAAACAGCAGCGAGGAAAGAGCCGAUCCUGUCACUGGAAGUUCGGAAAAUUUGAUAUCAUCCUCAGAGCUGAUUUCCCAGGCUCCUGGCGAAGUCGUCGCUUCCAACGACAAUGAGAAACUGAGCCCUACAAGUAAUACCUCAUAUAGUUUAGAAAAAAACUCCAGUCUGGCGCCUCCUGGCAUGGAGUAUUGUGUCUUACUCUUCUGUUGUUGUAUCUGUGGCUUCGAAUCUACCAGCAAAGAAAAUCUCUUGGAUCAUAUGAAAGAGCAUGAAGGUGAGAUUGUAAACAUCAUCCUAAAUAAGGACCACGGCACCACUUUAAACACAAAUUAGAUUGAAUAAUGUCUUGAAGAGGAACACGGUAGAAGAGAAAUCCUUUAAACCACGGUUUCCCCUUUGCGCUGUCAAGUAACUGAAGUAACUUACUAGACACAGAAGAAGUAGUUGGUGUGGUAUUUGGGUUUUGGUUUUUGGUUUUUUUGAGGAGACGCAUGUGACUUCAGAACCAAAUUUGCAGUGUAAUAAAAAAAAAUUCCAAGUGGAUACACGCUAAUGAUAUUUAAAUAUUCUGAGUGAGGGGAAGUGGUUUGAGCAUGAAGCAAAGACAUAACCCUGUGUUAACCCUGUUACCUCUUCUGAGUAUUGAGUGUAUUUAUUAUUCAAAGCUUAUCAUAGUGUAGAAAUGCAAGCAAAAGAAUUAAGAAAGAGCUUUUCUGGAACUAUGCUAAAACUUGUUGUAGAAGUGUCACAAUCUUAAGCAGAGUUUAGUUUUUCUUCUUCCUUCUGAACUUGGACGUGCCAGCUCUAGAGGGACAGGCCUCUUGGGGGCGGUGGGAGGCUGCUCUCUUGAGGGGUUUUCACUGUCACCAACAGAGUCAACAAGGAAAAGAUCACCAGAGGGCUUUGAAAUGAUCUACCUAAAUCUUCCCCCAAAUUGAUAGGAAUUAAUCCUAUGCUCAAUCUAAGAUACAGUACUUCUCUUUUUUUUUUUUUUUAAAGAAACAUUACUUCUUAAAGAAACCUCUGAAUCCAAAUCCAGAGUAUAAGUAGGCAUUUAAGACGUAACUUACUGUCUUAAAUUUACAGGGAAUUUCUUGUGAGCAAAGGAGAAAAUAGGUGAGUUCCCACCAGCCUCAAACCAAAUGAGAAGGUUCAUGAAAAUGGGGACUCCUUUAGUGCAGCACAUUCCCAAAGGCUCUUUUCAAAGUGCCUGACAGAACACCGCAGUUUUCUCCAUAGCUACACGGGCUCUGUAGUCCUCUUUCCCAAACCAGACCAAGUGUGGUAUCACAAAGGUCUAUUCAGGCAACAAAGUAUGAAAAGCUGCAUUUGAUCAUCAGACCUUGGAAGUACUUAGAACUCUUAAAUAAAAAUCAUUUGGGGGAAGAGUGGUGAAAUUCAGAAUCCUCUUAAAAUGAGGAGAUCUGACUCUUCCGGAAGCUUAUUAAUCUAGUUGUACUUAGCACAAGAGGUAUAAUCAGAUGUGGCUACACUCUAGUAAAAAUUCAGGUUGUUUAUAAAACUUUUAAUAACAAACAUUUGGCAAGUCCACAGGGUUUCUCCCAGCUCGGAUAUUCCAUUCUGUCAGUGGGCAGUAGGACAUGUGGAAGACCAACGACCAGUGCUUUUGCUCUAAAACUCACCGCAGGUACAUGUAAGCUUCUCGUCAGUUACACCGUUUUAGUAUAGUGUGUUCGAAGUGAAGAGAACAGGGGUGUUUUGUUUUCGCUUUGGUAGUGCUGAUCAUUUAUUUUUGUGUUGUUUUGUCAAAGUAAAUUCUGCGCACAAGUCAAAAGGCGGGUGCACCACGCAGUGCACCAUCUUCAUGGUGCUCUUCCUGAACUUGAUUUCUAACACCUUCUAGUGCUGAGGCUGUGACUGUGAUAACCUUAGAACACACUGAAAACAAUUUCUUGAGUGGAGUACUCUGUAGACACCUUUAGGAAAGAAUUCCCAAACUCCAGGUAUGGGUUGAAUGAAUGAAUGUUUUUAAAGUCAUAUCAGGAACUACUCAAGUGGGGCCAGGCCAUCUUGAAACAUUGUUUAAAUGUUUUUAUAAUCUCAUGUUGAUGAUAUUUAAACAGAAUUGAUCCUAACUUUGCAGCUGUUUGAUUUAGGUAGCUUUAACUUAUUUAUGAGAGUUACUCCAUUUCUGAUAGGUGGUUUUUAAAAAGAUAAAAUGAACUUAUAUAUAUACUAAAUUAUAUUACCCAAAUUCACUGCAUGUGGAUUUAUAUUUUCUCAUGUUUUCAGAAUUAAAAUACAAUUAUAUUUCAUUUCAAAUUUAAGUAUUUUAAGUCGUUCCAAUUUUACCACCUACUCUGAAAAUUAACCACCUUAGUAGCCAGAUUUUGUUUUAUAACGUUUCCUUGGUUUUAAUUUCAUGUAAUCAUUUGGAAAAUAUUAAUAACCCCCCAAAAUCCCAAAAACAUCAAUAGUGACUUUCUAAAUUACCUUCAGUUCCCUAAACCACUUCCAUUGCUUGUUACUUAAAUUUUCCAUUUGGAAUCAUGGAUUUGAAAUUUACCUAACUCAUGGAGGAAAAAAUUAAUCCAGAAGUUCAAGAUCUUUCACAUUCAUCCGAUUCUAGCCUAGAAUAUCCACACGCUUUCCCCGGGAUGAUAGGAGGACCCAUAUGCCAUGGGUGUUCUGUAUCUUCCUGUUAGCAUUUUGUGGCAAGCCUUAAGUGAACAGUGUCUCUACUACAAACAAUUGAACAUUUCUAAAAGUAAUAAUGAAGGCUAAGUAUGCAAUUUUAAUUGUAGAAGAGAUAGCUAUUUCAGUAAUCAGCAGGAAUUCUCCUUAUAGGAAUAACAUUUUACUUGUAGUAGAUCUUUUGCCAUAAUAAAGCUCAUAGUAUUUGUUUUCCACUUUGGAGUUCUAAGAUUUGAUAGUAAAAAUAGUUUUUAAAAGAAACAUACUAGAUAUGAGGCAAAGGUGGAAAGGGGACAAGAUGAUGCAUUCUGAUGAUUACAAGUAAUACUUUCCAGGGGGCCAGCAUUUUCUCUCCUCCUCUAAUAACCCAGAAGGUGGUGGGCGGCCCCACUGUUCUCCCAGUGCCCUGCCUGUAGACUUUAGUUCUGUGUCCGGUGCAGUGUAUGGGCACUGAUGGAAGCCUUUGUUCUAGAUCUUUCAUCCUAUUUGAGGUAGUUAUUGGUGGCUUCUUUAUUUUCUGUCGUUUCUCACAAAGCAGAUGGUGGGCACCCAUGUUUACAUUGUAUCUUCCCACAAUGUACUUGGCUUGACAAAGACAAGCAGGCUUCUCUAUUGAGACUUAUUAUAUUUUUAGUUUUCAUAGACACUUAUUUAAUCUUUUUUUAUUGUACAGCAAGGUGCUCUAAGUAAUAUUCUAUAAAAUAUAUUUAAUAGAAAUUUGAGUUUGAUAUUCAUGGACAUGAAUACAUGUAUUUUUUUAAGAAAUGAGUAUUGUGUAACACUAUGGCAUUGCUUCUAUAGCCAAAGUCUAAAAAUUUCUGGAACACUGACAUGUAAAGACUACAGUUAAUUCCGACACUGUAUCUUAUUAAAAUAGGAUGAUUUGCAUUUUGUAAAAUUAUCCUGCACAUCGAGCUGCAUGCCUUAAAGCCUAAAACUCUAGGACUGUGUUCAUGGUAGAACAGUUCAUCUGUUCCACAAACAGUGAAGCAAGGUCUAUAGUGCUUCUUUAACUACCUUUGGAAAUACUGUACAAUGUUAGAAUAAUUUAUUUUGCUUUACAGGAGUUUGUCAUGUAUUGACUUUAAUAUUGUAUUUUGGUAAUAAAUUUUUUGUUAAAAA